AUGAUGAAUCGCGAUGGUUCGUGGCGCACGAUUAAUGAGUUAGUAAUAGAGUGGCCUUCCGCUCCCUUCGGCUGCUGUACUCAGCACAAGGUAACCGUCACAAAUUGUCUCCUUUUCCCUACCACGGUAUAUGCCCAACAUGGAGAUGACCAUCCGGAUUCUCUGGCAGGUGACAUGAGCGCAUGCGUAUACCACGCCGGUUCCUGUACCCUUCCUGACGGGUCAGCCAUCAUUUGGACUCCUCAAGCUGAAGAGCGCUGUCAAUUUAUCCCGGUAGGCAAAGUGCGAGGUCAACGGGCCGGCCACGUUUGGCUGAGCGAUUCCCGGGAAUUCGCCCUGUCAUGGACUCAAUCCUCGGAACAUCUCUUCGACUGCGGGAAGUCACUGUUGCUCACUGACCAGGGCUACGCCAUAACUGCACCCAGGCGUUCCGCUCGAUCCGUUGCCUCAUCGGUAGGUAUCGUGACAUCCAACCAGCUAGCCGCCCAAUUGCUCGCAGUUGAAGGCUCCGCAAAGGCAUCUGUGUUCUCACUAUUCAGUCAUACCAUCUCCGCCCUGUGUGACCGAGUAAACCUUUUGGGCCUUUCGAUCCAGACAGCACUCGCGGCUCAACCUACUGUUGUAGCACGACGCCUAUUCAUCCGCACCGAUAUCGCAGCGUCUUACUUGGGCAGUGGCCUCAUACAGAUACACAAGUGCAUGGCGGUUCCAUCUUCUAGUUGGAGUUUUCUCGGAUUUAACGACAAGUGCUUCGCUCGCCCUCUGGUCGACAUACGUCUUCCAUCCGGUAUCAGUCAUCGGGCAUACAUGGACGUCGACACGGCCGUCUUGGAAGAAAAGGCUAAUGAAGUGCCAUGUUAUUCCGUUCCGUACUUCUAUAUCUUCGAUGGGACUCAAGCGGUUCGGCUGGAUGCGUUUUCCGGUACGUGUUCCCCGGCAUCAUACGAAACGUUUCGUCUCAACUCAGUGACGGAUUCUAUCGCUAUUAACACGCCCUUCCCGUUAACUAUCUUUCAUAACUUGGUCAUUACAAACCUUAGUGAGCUCAUGGACGGUCCUCGUCUGCAGGAAUUCGGAACGGCACUGGAACAACAUCGCCUUGCAGAGCACAUCGCUGAAGUCCGUAACCGAGCGUCCCUUUCCAGUAUCGACCAUGCGGCCCCUCUGCUUCCCUGGUCGUUCUUGGGCAGUUGGUCCCCAUUUGACAUAUGGAUAGCCGUCUGUGGGACUAUAGUCUCCCUACGGGUCUUCAAGUAUCUGCUACUCCUCUAUUUAGGUGCAAGCCAGCCCACCCGCAACCAUCCAUGCUCCACGCCCAUUCCUCCCACCACUCUCCCGUUAAAAGAGUAUCCACACCCAAAAUCACGUUCACUCACUCCAAAACGGGACUCCCAGUCGGAUCAGUCCAGCUCUCGGUUGAGCAAAAUCGUCAUUGAGUCGCAGUCGGUUUGGCCCCCGCGGGCCUUGUUAGCACCGCUCCACGUGUUGUCGUUCAACACCGCCAGCGCCUUCUUUGUGACACAAAUCCCCAUUAAGGUUAAUGGGAUUGAGAUGCUAGCAUUGGUGGAUACUGGAGCGGCGAUCACUGUAUGCAGCCGCAGCAACAUGGAUCUUGGCGUGUUCACAUUACGCCCCUCUCCGAUUCGCACGGCCGUAGGCAUGGCGGGGGNGCUCAUGCAUCCCUCGUCAGGUCGACAAGUAUAA